CGGAUCUGUUUAGUACUGAAAGGGAAAGGGGGAGGGGGGAAAAAAAAAGAAGGGAAAAGUGCUGCACUGAAUGUGAGAUCAUGCAAAAGCUAGCGCUCUGUGCUUCUAUUUACCUGUUCAUGCUGAUUUCAGUUGAUCCGGUGGCUCUUGAUGACAGUGGCCAGCCCACAGAGAACGCUGAAAAGGACGGACUGUGCAAUGCUUGUACGUGGAGACAGAACACAAAAUCCUCCAGAAUAGAAGCCAUAAAAAUUCAAAUCCUCAGCAAACUGCGUCUGGAACAAGCUCCUAACAUUAGCAGGGAUGUUAUUAAACAACUUUUACCCAAGGCUCCUCCACUGCAGGAACUGAUUGAUCAGUAUGAUGUGCAGAGAGAUGACAGUAGCGAUGGCUCUUUGGAAGAUGAUGACUAUCAUGCCACCACCGAAACGAUUAUCACAAUGCCUACAGAGUCUGAUUUUCUUGUACAAAUGGAGGGAAAACCAAAAUGUUGCUUCUUUAAGUUUAGCUCUAAAAUACAAUAUAACAAAGUAGUAAAGGCACAAUUGUGGAUAUACUUGAGGCAAGUCCAAAAACCUACAACGGUGUUUGUGCAGAUCCUGAGACUUAUUAAACCCAUGAAAGAUGGUACAAGAUACACUGGAAUUCGAUCUUUGAAACUUGACAUGAACCCAGGCACCGGUAUUUGGCAGAGUAUUGAUGUGAAGACAGUGUUGCAAAAUUGGCUCAAACAGCCUGAAUCCAAUUUAGGCAUCGAAAUAAAAGCUUUUGAUGAGAACGGACGGAAUCUUGCUGUUACUUUCCCAGGACCGGGGGAAGAUGGAUUGAACCCAUUUUUAGAGGUCAGAGUUACAGACACACCAAAACGGUCCCGCAGAGAUUUCGGCCUCGACUGUGACGAGCACUCGACAGAAUCCCGAUGCUGCCGCUACCCGCUGACGGUGGAUUUUGAAGCGUUCGGGUGGGAUUGGAUUAUCGCUCCUAAAAGAUACAAAGCCAAUUAUUGCUCCGGAGAAUGUGAAUUUGUGUUUUUACAAAAGUACCCGCACACCCACCUCGUGCACCAAGCCAACCCCAGGGGCUCAGCGGGCCCCUGCUGCACGCCCACCAAGAUGUCCCCCAUCAACAUGCUGUACUUCAACGGCAAAGAACAAAUCAUCUACGGCAAGAUACCUGCCAUGGUUGUAGAUCGCUGCGGGUGCUCAUGAGGUUCCUUCGUGGGAUUCUCUGCUUCACAAAUCAUGAAAGCUAUCAGAAAAAAAAAAAAGGAAAAAAAA